AGUUCCAGGUUCAAAGUCCAUAAACCGCCUGAGCCUUAAGAUGAAGGACCCUAUCGGCUCCUGCUCUUAUAACCAACUGUAUCAAAAUUUCAAGCAAUAUUCAAAAAAUGGUGACUUCUUCUUUAAAGAACUUAUAACAGUAUUUCAGCAGAGAGCUGAACUGGAAAUUACUUACUCCAAAGGCCUCACAAAGCUGGCAGGGAAACUGAUCAAAGCAUGCCAAGGAAUGUCAAAAAAUUCCACCUACACCGCCUGGUGUCAAGUGUCAGACGAGAUGUACUCAAGAGCAGAUGCACACAGAACAUUAGGAAAUGCAUUGCACCAAGAGGCCACUGUGGAAAUACGACAAGUCUUAGAUGAACACGCCAAAAGAAAAAGGCCUCUUGACAACGCCAUUGAAAGGACUGGGAAACGUUUUACAGCUAACUGGAAUGAGCAACUCAAGCUACAAAAGAGAUUGUAUGGGCUGACAAGAGAACACGAGGCACUCUUCAACUAUCUAGAGAACAACAAGCACAUCAGCACGGAGAAAGAAAAACAAAAGAUGUUUACCAGGCUGACUAAGUCAGCAGAGCAGCAGUCCCGAGUGGAUGAACAUUACUACACCGUCAAUAUGGAAGGUUAUCAGAUGCGACUGAAGUGGCAAAACACACUGAAAAACUGCUAUCAGAUCACACAAGAGCUGGAGAAGCAUCGAAUUGAACUUCUGUGCAACCUUUUGAGCAGAUAUAACCUCCACAUGUCCACCUUCAGUCAAACCCUUAAGCAUGGCCAAAAGCAAAUAGAGCAGACCGUUCAAAGAGUGGACAUGGAUAAAGACAUGCAAACCCUAGUAGACGAAAGUUGCAACACAACUGAGGACAACAAAGUGGAGUUUUUGAUGGCUGAUUAUUUUGAGGAGGAUACCAAAUCACUGAUGGCCAAAGAAAGAAGAAGAGAUGCUCUCAAGCUGAAACUCCAGCGUCUAGAAGAAAGCAUUACAAAAACAAAGAAAGAUUGCGAAGGACUUGAAAAACUGAUGAAGACCUAUGCUGAGAAUCCAUCUUUCUCAAACCAGAAGAACCUUGAGGAAACUGAAGAGCUCCAUGAUGAGUGUACUCUCAAACUGGACCUCCUGGAGGCCACUUAUUACAAACUCUCCUCAAGCCUCCCUGAAUUUGAAGAGAAACCCAAGACAUUUCAGCAAUUUAGUGGCAGUAUUUUUAAAUGGAAAGAUAAGGUAAAUAAUGGAGUCCUACCCUCUUUUCUCUCUAAGGAGUGUGAGCAUAGCAUCGUUCAGCUGACUCGUCCAGUAAAACUCCGGAGGACGCCGUUGAGGCACAGCCGAUCACUCAGAGCUUCCAUCAUUUAUAAAGGACCAGUUCAGAAUCCAACAGAACCACCGGAGAAGCCCACGCCAAACGCUACAGACCAUAUUGCUUCUACACCAGGUCAGGAGAUGGUGGAGUGCAAUGGGAGCACUGGUAACGAAGCUCUGCCUUACAGAGAUGAAGGCAAAGAAGAGGAAACAGUGAACGCGCUGUGCAGCAUCGGAAAAUGCAAAGCCCUGUACAGUUUCACACCUGAACACGACGACGAACUGGCUUUCAAAGAAGGUGAUCUUCUGGACAUUUAUAAAAAGGAAGAAAAUGGUUGGUGGAUUGGUGCUCUUAAUGAGCAAAAAGGCCAUUUCCCAUCUACCUAUGUUGAGGAGCUACCUAUACUGAACACCAUCAAAUCAUGUGAUGCCUGAAUGACUGGAAAAAAGUCUGUAUAUGUGCCAUUUCAUUCAUGUCUUUUACAGAAAAAAAAUGUAUACUUUUCAAAGUGACAGUCUUCCACUGAUAAUCUUGAGUUGUGAUUGCUUUGCAUGCAAUAAUCAGGAUUAAGAUUGUGGACUUUUAUAACAAAAUGUUUAUUUUCCCAAUAUAUAUAUAUAUAAUACAUCAUGUACAAACUGAGAUGGUGCAAAUACUUAAAGAACAUGUAGUUUAUUAACAUUGAUAUGGAGAAUAUACACAGGGGUAGAAAGACAUUGAUGUUUCUGCUGGUUGUAAAACGAAAACUGAUUUUAAAACAGAAACAAAUGAAAACUGUUUACUUAUAAA